AGAUGGCGCCACCGACUGCAUUAAGUGAGCGAGCGCGGGAAAACGAGCCGUGGGCGCGAGAGAGAGAAGCGCGCGACGUAAUUCGUGGUCACGUUCGAGGGAUUUGCGAUAUUUCGUGUUGUAUCAUUUAUUUAUCGACAACGUGGAGUCGACGAACGAGAUCGGUAUAAUCUCCACGAGCCCGCUACGACCACUACGAGGUUUGUUUCCAUUAUAUUAUUCAUUGCCUGGAGAUUUGAGGUUACAUUGAGCCCGAAGGGCCGCGAGACCGUCUUGUUCAAAUUCGAUAUAAGCGCUACAUAAUUAGCAAUUAAUUAAUCGUCCGUGAAAUCAAUCACAUCCCAGCAAACACGAUGACGUCAAUUGGCAUAUUAAUAACGUAUUAUUGACGCUAGAAAUCAUCAUUAAUGCGUCAUUAAUAUGUCAUUUGACGUCACCCUGCUACUUGGGAUGAUAUCCCCUUCUAUUGCCUGUUUCUUCCAACGUCGAUUAGGGAGGCGUAAGGCUCAGUGUCGUAUCUUCAGUGGCGCAUUAAAGGGACUCACAAAUUUACUACUUCUAUCGAACAAAAUUACAUUUAUAUACAUUUAUUUUUAUAUAUACAUUCAUUUUUAUACAUAAUUUAUAUAUAAUGCAAGCUUCAAUGUGUGAAUUUUUCAUAAUCUCAGUUUACGUUACAGUCCUUUUGAGAGUAGGUUCUGUUUGGCGUUGCAAGUGUUUCAGAGCGAUGAGUAGACCAAUCAUAUCGUUUUUCUUGACGCUUCAAAGUAUUUGCAGUGUCAAGCGGACCUCCUGUUCUAAGUUUUUGUUUGAAUAGACUUUAAACUCAAAGUUCCAUCGGCAACUAUGUUCCGAUAUCCACUACUAGUACUGAAAAUUUAUAGUUUAUGUUACGUAUACUAUAAAUUUUCAGUAUUGGCAGUGAAUAUCAGGAUGCAGCCGGCAUUGAUCGAUUAAACAGGAAUAUACUAUAUGUCUCUUUUGUUUGUUUCGCGCGCAUCCUUUUAUUUAAGAAUAUUUCAAGUUCCAAAUCAUUGAAAAAUUUUUCUUUCUUCUGAGAUAUUAAACUGACGCAAAAAAAUGAUUUUUCUAUUAAAUUUUUAUAGGAGUGUUUGAGUAUUUGAAAAAAAAAAAAAAAAGUUCUCUCGAUUGUUCAUUUUAUUGAUAAGUGAAAAUAUUUUAAAAAAUUGAUGAUCUCUGAUCUCUGGAAAUCUCCGAUAGAGAAGAUUGCUACGACGUUAUGUUUUUACGUAAAAAUAUUUUUAUUUUUUACUAAGAUAUAACAGCAUUUUUACUGUUAAAUGUCAUUCAUAUUUGAUAAUAAUGAAGAAAUUGAUGAGGUACGAUUUAGGAGACCGGUACGAGAAAUUUUAGCGAUUCUUCCCUGUGACUUUCAACAAACGUGCGCACAAUUCUUACCACGAACCGAGGCGCCCAGAUGGCAGCAGGUCUCGUGUCUAAAGAAACAUGUGGGAGUGUCUGCAUCUGUCAGCGCGCAGACAGGAAGCAUCGCGUGCCUCCAAUAUACAAGAAAGAAGGAACAAUGACAAAACAAGCGGAUCGGUCAGAAACAUCGGACGUUUUUAAUGAAGCAUGGAUCCGUGAAGUUGCUGAACGCAACGCCGCUGACGCAACGUGUAUUUUUCAAAAACCCGACGAAAUAAUUCUUUUACACACGACAGGCUCAUUAAUGCGGCAGAGUCGAGUUACGUAAGACAGAGUAAUCGUCUAAUUGUCAGAAUAACUAAAAAUUCAACGAGCUCUUCCCGCUGCCUUUGCGCAUGACCGCGCGACUCGACGCAGCUGUCAGCCGUCGCCAUCGUCAGCCUCGCGAGGGUGUACACGCGAUAAUUAACGAGAACCAGCCGAUAAUUGUGCGCCACGCGAUGCUUUCAAGGAGCGGCGAGCUUCUUUCGUCGCACCCGCACCGCAAAUCCCUAAUAAUUUUUUGGAUUUCAACCGCUUGCCGGGCCGGGUCGAUAUGGGGGUUGACGCGUGCGCCGACCGUGCCGUUGCGUCGUCCGGAGGACGCUUCGUUCAGUAUUUACGGUACUGGCGAUAGUGGCAAAAACCCCGGUGCAAGGGUAAGGAGCGGCCGGUGGGAUCAGGGAGAAAGAUGUUCGAGCUGUACGGCGUCGGCAAGGGCGGCAUGGUGUAUCACCCGCCGCCCCCCCGAGGGAAAGAAGUCGACAUCUUGGAGACCUGUCUGCAACUCUCCUCGACGGAGCUGAGAAAAUUGCCCAACGGCGAUGCACUUCACAUCAAGGACACCGGUGUCUCGACUUCCUUCGACAAGGCCAAAGAAUCGCCAAGAGAGAGCAGACGUAGCGUGAUAAGGAAAUGGGUGGUAAUGGCUGGAUUUUUCUUCCUUGGAUGUGCCUUGGUGGCCGGAGUGGGUCUGCCGCUCGCCCUGGAACUUCGAAGUUCUCACCUGUUGGAGGCCAGACUGCAAGUGGUGCGCAGAAUGCUCUCGGAGGUCCCUCUGAUCGACGGACACAACGACUUCGCCUGGAACCUCCGCAAGCACCGCGGCAGCACGAAGCUGGAUAACUUCCCCUUCGACGAGGACCUGUCGCGCAACUCCAGCUGGGGUCCGCAGUGGCAGACCGACCUGAUUCGCCUGCAGCAGGGCAUCGUCGGCGCGCAGUUCUGGUCGGCCUACGUGCCCUGCGAGGCGCAGUUCCUCGACGCCGUUCAGCUCACCCUGGAGCAGAUCGACAUCGUGCGCAGGCUGACCACGCGCUACCCCAAGCGAAUCAGACUGGUGACGACGAGCGACGAGCUAGAGAACGCUCACCGGGACGGGGUGAUCGCCAGCCUGGUGGGCAUCGAGGGUGGCCACAGCAUCGGCACUUCCAUGGCGGUGCUGAGAAGUUUCCACCGGUUGGGCGCGCGUUACAUGACCCUGACCCACAAGUGUAACACUCCGUGGGCGGAUUCAUGUUCCGUCGACGAUCCGAACUCGGACGCGCCGUCUGAUUUCCACAGCGACGGCCUCUCAGAAUUUGGCAAGGCGGUCGUCGGGGAGUUGAAUCGCCUGGGCAUGCUCGUGGACCUCUCUCACGUUUCAAUCAGGACGAUGCGAGACGCCCUCGCGGUGACGAAGGCUCCGGUCAUAUUCUCGCACAGCGCAGCCAAAGCGCUCUGUAAUUCCUCGAGCAAUGUCCCGGACGACGUGCUGCAGAAUUUGUCCCUCAAUGGAGGUCUGGUUAUGGUUAGUUUCGACAGCGCCCAUUUGAGCUGCAGCGAUAAAGCCUCCAUGUACGACAUUAUAGCUCACAUCAAUCAUAUCAGACAAACAGCUGGCGUGAAUCAUGUGGGCCUCGGCGCGGGUUACGAUGGGAUACUGAGGCCGCCGACGGAAUUGCCAGACGUUUCCGGCUACCCCCUGCUGCUGGCCGAGCUAACUAGAGAUCGGAGAUGGUCCGCGACGGACAUCAAGAAGCUGGUGGGCGGGAAUUUGUUGCGCGUCCUCAAGGAAGUGGAGAAUCACGCGGCGACUCUCUCGCACCAGUUUCCGGCGGAGGAGUGGAUUCCCGAGGAACUCAUCGAGGACAGCGCUUACUGCAGAUAUCACGACGCGUAGGGGCGCGCUCAUACCCGCUCAACGACGAGACUGUUUCCGGUAUCAAGACUGUCAUUUGGUUCCCGUGAGGCUCUCACUAGAGACGCGCACAUCGAACUGUAUGAUCUUUGUACCUGGAUCGCCUCAAUCAUUUUACAUUUUUAAUAAAGUAGCAAUGAACUUGACCGUA